AUGGAGAUAUGGCAUGGGGAUUGUCAUGAUGAGGAAUUCUUCUACAAGCUUAGUGUUCUUGAGCUUCGUCAUCUCUCCAGGGAAUCUGCAACAUCCACAAGUCGUUUUAUUGAGAGUUUAACCAACUUGGAAGAGCUAGUCGUACGUGAAUCUUAUCUAGAAGAGCCAAGCAGCAAUGUGGAAGCCAUGGAAGGCCCUAGUCAAGAGCAAAAAGUAAUAUUACCCUUUGCAAGACAAAUUAAACAUUUGAAGACUGUAAAUGUGUCAGAUUGUGAUGGGUUAUCAAGUAUGUUUACGCCGACAAUAGUUGAAAAUUUGGUGGCUCUCACAAAAUUGAGGAUAAGUAAUUGCAGGAUAUUGACAGAAGUUAUUAGUGACAAGGGAAGUAAGGAGGGGCACAAAGUGGCUUUCCAUCAUUUGAAAUGUAUGGAGCUUGAUGGGUUGAUAGAGUUGAAAUGUUUCAGCUCAGGUGGAUGCGCUUUAAUAUGCCCUCUGCUGGAAGAUGUCAUUGUGAAUGGAUGUCCCAACAUGAAGUUCUUCUCCGAGGGGCCAAUAGAGGCACCAAAGCUGCAUAGAGUAAAAGUAGAUAUGACGGAACGGUAUGGAUCAACACAGUACCAGUAUUUUUGGAAGGAAAACCUCAACAUGACCAUCCAAAAUAUGUUUGAAGAAGUGGCUACGAUUGCUAAGGCUAAGUUUGUGCGGCUGUUUGAGUUGCCUGAGCUCGUUGGAAAGUGGCACAACGAACAUAAUCCCGUCAAUUCAUCUUGGCAAUUACAAACCCUAGUGGUGGAUAAGUGUCCAUCAUUUAUUAAUGCCAUGCCAUUCAAAUUGAUGCUUGUUUUGGAGAAAAUGACUAGCUUGCAAGUGCGCGAUUGCAAGUCUUUGGAAGAAAUCUUCGAUCUUGAAGGGCUUGAGCGGGUGGAAAGCACUCGGGUGCUACCUCACUUAGAGGAUUUGCACUUGAUCAAUCUACCAAAGUUGAGGCAAUUAUGGAAUAAAGAUCUUCAAGGAACGAUGCGCUUCAAUUCUCUAUCUUCUUCGACUCUUUAUAAAUGCAGCAACUUGAGACAUGCUUUCACUCCAUCGAUGGCUUGGUGCCUUGCCAAUAUAUAUCAUAUGGAAAUAAGGGAGUGUGAUCGGAUGGAAGGAGUGAUCGAAGAGGAAGAAGGGCGGGGAAGCGUAGUGGAGAAGAUUACGUUCCCCAAUCUCUGGAUGAUUAAGCUAAAAUGGUUGCCCAAUUUGACUAGUUUCCUAUCGGGAAAGAAUCAUGCACUGGAUUGUCCCAACUUGAAAGACUUGACCAUUGCCCACUGCCCCAAAAUGAGAAGUUUGACAUGGCAGUCUUCAUUGGAUAUUGACCAUAACACGCCUUCACUUUUCACUCCACGGGUACAAUUUCUUGGGCUUGUGUGUAUGGUUCUCUCUCACAUGGACAAUUUAAGCAAAAUAUGGCCCGACAAUCCUCAAGAAACUCUCACUUUUGACUCUCUACUGGAAGUGAAGGUCAAAAAUUGCAAGAGCCUGGAAAAUCUAUUUCCGUAUUGGGUGGCUACAAGUCUAACCCAACUUGGGAAGCUUCGAGUGGAAUCUUGUAGGAUCGAGGAAAUAGUCGCUAAUGGAGACGACACUCCACCCUCCAAUAUUGCUCAAGUUCUUUUUCCGAAACUAACCUCUUUGGUGUUACAUGAUAUGCCACGACUCAAGACCUCCUGCCCUAACUUGCCCACUUUGAAUUGGCAAUUCUUGAAGGAGUUGUGAGUGACCCACUGUGAUAAACUGAACAUGUUGUCUUUUGUGGCAUCCUUGAGCAAGUGGACUCAGAGAGAUGAUCAACAAGACCUUUCAAACCAAGAAGCACACUCUUCGUUUGAGAGGGACUUUCCCAACUUAAAGAGACUUUUAUUAGUCGCUAAGGAUAUUCAGAUGAUACAGAAUGGGAAAUUUCCCGAUGACAUCUUUGGCAAGCCAAAAGCACUAACAUUGGCAUGCUUCCAUGAUGAAAAGUCCACCUUUCCUCCCGGUUUCCUACUAGA